AUGGCCAAGUCCCGCAUCUCAAGAAUAGACAGCGACUCAUUCGACCCAGCAAUCGGUUGGGAAACGAUCGACUUUCCCGACCCGACGGCCUACUCCUCGACGCACCCUUCAUCCCCUGGAUCGCCCUACGCGCCCCCGGGUUUUCAGCACGGAUAUUAUGGUGGUAGUGGGUACGGACAUAGGCACAGUCCCUCGCAAACGGAGGAGUUUUCCCGAACCCGCCAUGGCGAACCAGCCUUAUCCUCACCCGAGAUAUCCCCACAGAUGCGUGCGAUUCCCGAAGACGGGAUACCGGAAUCUCUGCGUAUAACGUCCCCUAUAUCACCCACCUUCCCACGCUUCGGCAACCCAUCCCUGAAUCCACCCGGCGCCGCAGCGUCCACGCAAACGUACGGUUUCCAGACAAACUCGCAUAAGCGACGGAGCGCCAUUGAGAACUCUGUCCCGCAGCCGCCCCCACCCACUGCUGGCGGUUACAAUAAGAAUAAUAAUGGUAAUAACAGGAAUUCGGUUGCCUAUGAUAUCCCCGCUCCACCGCCGCCCCCUACGGUCCCUAUGGAUUUUGACGACACGGAUUACGAGCGCGUGAGGCUUACCGAGCAUCAGACCUCGUAUGAAGGUGGUGGUGGAGGUGGCGAGUAUCUUGCCUCCAGAGGGUGGGGUGGGCCCGGUCGGCAGCCAAGCAUGGCUAAGCGAUUGGGUGAUAAGAUCCUUGGCACGGUGAAAGGGCGGGGAUCGAGGUUGAGUGCCAGGAGUUAUUUGGGGGGCAUUAGGGAUCGGGGAGGGGGCUUUGGAGAUGGAGGAGGCGAGGCAAAUUAUGCAAAGGUUGUUGAGAGGGAUGAUGAGGAGCCUGUCGGUUAUGAUAUUAGUACUUUUGGUGCAGAUUUUAUUCCCCCUCCGGCGGCCAAGGCUAUGGAGGAUUACAAUAUGGACGCAGACUAUGCUUAUACUGGUACUGGCGAAGUGAUAGAUUUAUCCUCUUUUGGGGGUGGGGGGGAUAGUGACGAGCGGACUGAUUCUGAUGUAUUUUCCCUCCAUCGGGCGGGGACAAUGGAAAACACCGACAAACAAUCCUACUACUUCCCACCUAACCGUGUAAUUCCCAAUUGGAAACCCGUAUCCAUGCGCCCCUGGUUCAUAGCCUGCCUCCUCCUCUGCUCCCUCGCACUAAUGGCCUGCGUGGAAACCCUAUAUCAAUUUUCCGACAGGGGCCUAAUCCGUGGAAACGGAAGAAAAGGAAUCAUAUCCUUCAAGCGCGUAGACCAAGACUUGACAAUGGUAGGCUUCGCGAUGUGGAAAUACCUCCCGACAUUAAUAGCCGUAAUAUACGGUAUCCUCUGGAAAAUCACGGAUACGGAGGUGAAGCGUACGGAGCCGUAUUACCAACUCAGCAAGGGAUCCAAUGGAGCUCUCGCGGCAAGUACCUUGAACAUCGAAUACCAGACCUUCUGGAGUUUGCUCGUUCCCGUCGCCGCGAUACAGCACCGUCAAUGGCUCGUGGUGGCUUCAUCCGUGGCAUCACUGCUGGCAUUCGCCCUUGUCCCCGUGUUGCUAUCCGCAUUCAUCGAAAUUACCCCGUCCCAGCGCGCGCGCAGGAAGAUGAUGUCAGAGGCGGGCGAGAAACUGGUUGACGCGCAAAUCGAAAAGACAAUAGUUGUUGAUAAGGUUUUUUCCCGACUCCUCGAGGCCACCGUAGCCAUAAUCUUCUUUUUGGGCGUGGGGAUGUUGGUCGUUUUAUCCCGCCGUCGUUCUGGCCUGCUAGGAGACCCGAGUGGAAUUGCGGGGGUCGCUGCAAUGGCAAACAAAUCGCACAUUCUAAUGGACUUCAAAGACCUAGACUCCGCCUCCGAAGAGACGAUCCACAAGCAACUCAACAAACGAACCUACGUCCUACACAAGGGUGCCCUCUGGCAAGCCCAAUUCCUCAAGGAAAACGAACGUGAUGUAAACGCACCCAAGGCAAUGAACCCGCACCCGCUCAUCCUCCGGCUGAAGGGCGGCCUCCCGUUCAUCGGCUUCCUCCUCGCACUUGCUGGGGUGCUGACACCACUAGCCUACGGCCCACUCACCAUAGUAGUGGACCAAACCCCCUGGGUCCUGACCGGCAUAUCCGUCCUGAUAAAGUCCAUCUGGGAAAUCGUGGAGAAGGACAUGCGCAUGCUGGAGCCCUUCUGGGUCCUGUUCAACAGGCACGCGCCGAGCAGUGUUUUAACGCUAGACUACUCCGCCACUAUUCCCGGAUUUCUGGUGCUCAAGGCCGCUAGCAAGGGACAUUUCCUCCUGGCAUGGGUAGGCUUUGUAUCCCUCCUCGUGGAAGUCCUCACCGUGGUAAUGGGUUCGCUGGACAGUGGUGGCGGCGAGGAGUCCGACCUCAGCUUCACUGUGUCCUUCGUUCUGGCCGUUAUAAUCCUGUCCGUGACAAUCCUAACAAUGAGCCUCGUGCUGCAUCUUCGCCGAUCCCCGUUCCUUCCCCGCCAGCCCGGGACCAUAUCAUCGGUGCUGGCGUUCAUACACCAGAGCAAGAUGCUGGUGGACUUUGAAGGCACAGAGGAGGAGAGCACUGCCGUGCGGAAGAAGAAACUUAGACGGCUGGGACAUACUUAUGGCUUCGGCUGGUUCAAGGGACGCGACGGGGUGAGGCAUCUGGGUAUUGACCAUGAGGAGCUAUUGCAAGGAUAUAAGUUUGGGAAGAAUGCGCUGGAUGGGGUACUCGACAGGGUGGAUUGGGAGCAUUAUUCUGUCUAGUUGGAUGGGGGGGAUGGAGAGGUGGAGGUUGUUGGGGGAGAGAGAGGGAGGGGGUGUUUCAUUUGGCUUUAGCUUGGCUCUGGCGUUUACGUUGCCUAUUUUCUGUCUUAUUCUUCAGGAACAUAUUGUCUCACCUAUUGGUUAGUUGGUUAGAUAUUCCUUCUUCUUCUUGUUCUUAACUUGUACUAUUUGAUUUCUUCACUUUACUUUGUCAGUUCUCACUAUAUCUGGUUGGUUGGUGGAAACGGCAGGAAGGAAGGAGGGAGUCAAGUGAGAUCAUGUCAAUUUCGU